GAAGGCAUGUCGGCUUCAAAAGCAGCGUCCUCCUCGGAGCAAGAUGCUUCGCUGGUCGACGGAAAAAAGAGGAUUCUUAUCUGCUUGCUGCGUCUAGAUCUUCGCAUUCAUGACAAUCCUCUGUUUCAUUAUGCUCAUGUCUCAACGCGACCUCCUCCUUCGAAAGACGAAGACGGUCUUCAUCAAUUCAACAAGAACAAGGUCGUCGACGAAACCGAACUCUAUUCGACGGCCAAUGAGCUGCUCCCCGUCUACGUCUUUGACGAGCGCGAGAUGGAGCUCAGCGGACUCCCAGGCUUUGAAAGGAAGGGACCAGAGGCAAGGACCCGCUGUUAUGGCUUCUGGAAAACGGGCGCAUUCCGAGCACGCUUCAUCUCCGAAGCCGUAUAUGAUCUGAGGUCUCGUCUGCGUGAUGCAGGCUCUGAUCUUCUUAUUCGGUUUGGAACCCCUGAAGAGGUUAUCGACAAUCUCGUCAAGGCUCUGCAAAGUCGAGGCGAUGAGGUGGAGGGCGUCUGGAUGCAAAAGGAGAUGACUUUUCAAGAGACACGGGUGGAAGACGAUAUCGUCAAGCGCCUGGACACCACGGGUGUUCCAAUUCGCUUCGUUCAUGGCAAGACUUUGAUCCACCCAGGCGAUCUGCCUUUCGACAUCAACGAGACGCCGGACGUCUUCACCCCUUUCCGAAAGCGCGUCGAAGCCCUCGGCCCAAAAAUGGUCCGUCCUUGUCUUCCAGCGCCAGAGGCUUUCAAACCAUUCCCCGCCACCAUCCCGCCGACGAAUGAUUACGCUUUGGACGUCUCUUAUGAAGUCGAUGUCGAUGGCCUUUCCGCGCGAGUUCCUGAGGGGGCAGAAAAGACCGAGGGCCAGAUCUCGUUCCACGAUAUUCUUCGUUAUCUGCUCAAGCCCCUGAACGAGCCCGCGCUUCCUUUUGCUCUCGAGGGCAGCGCCAUUUUGCAACAGCGUCACCACGCGUCUGCCUUCCCCCUUAGAGGAGGCGAGUCGUCGGCAUUGGAGCGACUUGAGUGGUACUUUGUUCGAGGCAAGUCUGCCGACUCCUCUCGGUGGGGCAAGGCCGACCCACCGCCCGUGGCUCGGUACAAGCAGACACGGAACAAUCUCGUCGGCCACGCUUAUAGCACUAAGAUGUCACCAUUCCUCGCAUACGGGAGCAUUUCCCCAAGGCAGAUCUGGGAGGCUCUCAAUUAUCACGAGCAAAAAUUCGGCGAAGACCAGAACACCUAUUGGGUCCGCUUCGAGCUCCUGUGGCGCGACUAUUUCUUCUUUGUCGCGGAGAAGUUUGGAGACCUUUUGUUCCACGUCGGAGGUUUCGAGAUGGCGACCGAUCCAAAGCAGGCCGAGAAGAAAAUUCAGGACGGCUGGUGGAAAGUGUGGGACCCCGUCAAGGAUGGUCCCGAGCAUCCCGUCACCAGGCUUCUCGAAGGGCGCACUGGCAUUCCAUUCAUCGACGCAAACAUUCUCGAGCUCCGCGAAUCCGGCUUUAUGUCUAACAGAGGCAGGCAAAACGUGGCUUCUUUCUUGGCCAAGGACCUAAGCUAUGAUUGGCGGAUUGGCGCCGAAUUUUUCCAGUCGCACCUUAUUGACUAUGACCCAACGUCUAAUUACGGCAAUUGGCAAUACGUGGCUGGCGUUGGCAAUGACCCGAGGGCCAGUCGCCAAUUCAACUGCAUCAAGCAGGCGAAAGACUACGAUUCCCAUGGCGAUUACGUCAAGAUGUGGAUUCCUGCUCUGAGAAAUCUGCACACUGACUAUGUCCACAAUCCCUGGCUCCUCAACCAGGACGAGAGGCGGGCCUAUGGUCUCAAGACAACGGCGAUGGAUGUGACAAUGGAUGGCUAUCCCGCAGAGCCCAUCAUCGAGCACGAGUCGUGGAAGAAGCACUACGAACGCAAGGAAGGUGUGGGCUCAAAGAUGUAUGGCAAUCCUCAAGAAAAGGUCAAGGACGGCAAGGUCAAGCGGUAUAAGAAACCCAUCAGCGCCAAGGCUCGUGCCGAGGGUAAUUUAACCAACACGAUGGCGCCGAGCUUCUUGCCGCCCGGUGCUCAAAACCUUUCUCCUCACAGCGGCCUUGGGGGUGGACUUAGCUACGGUCGUGGCACGGACACCGAUUACAUGAGCGCCAGCUCAGGCACAUUUGGCUUCACGAGCGGGGGUCAAUCGGUCAACGUGAUUCCGCCACUCCGCGGCAACCGAGGGUCCAUCGGUCCUUCGCAGCGGUCCAAUUCGCCAUUUGGCAAUCCCUCAACUUCGACGAGCUCCCCGUCGACUGGGCCGCCCAAGGAUGGAAUCGGCAAUGUUGGGCCUACUCGGAUGGGAAGAGGAAUUAUCGGAGGUGUCUUGGGAUCAACGCCACCUUCAAAUGCAGGUUCCCGCCUGAGCUCCUCUUCGACCAGUGGAGCCACCGGCGGUGCAGCCACAGGUAGCGAGGCAGGUGGAAAUGGCGGAGCAAAGAGCAAAGCGGAUCAGGAGACGAGCUGGAGACGCGGAACAUGAGUUCUCUGAUCAGGAAGACGUCCGCGCAGACACCUAUUACACGCAUAUUCACACGAGCAAAAUGAGUGGGCGGUAUUUUCCCUCGUCUACAAUCUGCGACACCUUCUUCUGUCUCUUCUUUUUCUUUCCUUUCUUGACAGAGCCUGAAGGGCUUUGUCUCCUCUCUUGUCCUGUCCUUUUCCAAUUCUUUUCCUUACUUUUCUCAUCUUUUCCCGCCACGUCUGCUGUCGGAACAAUGUCGACUUGAAAACCCUUGCCUGUCACAGUGUGAGAUGCUCGAUUUGGACAAGCACUGCGUAUGCAGCGUUGAGAUCCUGGGAGAGGGGAAACUAUAGGUAAUUUAAAGAAGGGAAAGUUAGAAGAUGUGCUUGGAGUGACGUCGAAUCAUGA